CGUCGACACUCGCUGUCCAAUCACAGCUGCCGUUGUUGAGAGGUCGUUUAUUGACAGGAGGAGAAGGUGACUCCUCGACGAGCACAGUGGUACACUAAUCAAUCUCCUCAAAUAACUCAAAAGAAGGCGGUUGUUUGCUGAAAAGGCGACCAUGUCUUCUUUUGGAAGGGCUCUGGGAGUCCUUAGAACAGGAUCUCGGCUCAUCAGACGUGGUCCUCAAAGAAUAACAACCAGAAAAGCUGGCGGCGGUCCUCAUAUAGAGCCUCAGUACAGACAAUAUCCACAGAUUACGAAGAAACAGAAAUUUGAGUCAGAGCUCAUCAGUGGAGCGAUGUGGUUUUGGAUUCUGUGGCACUGCUGGCACGACCCUGAUGCUGUCCUGGGUCACUUCCCCUGGCCUGAUGCUUCCGAAUGGACAGAUGAGGAGUUGGGAAUCCCAGCAGAUGACGAGGAAUAAGAUCACCAUGAGGGAUUCAAGCUGCUGGACGAGUCUUUAUGGAAGUCUUCAUGAUGUUCUGAAAGUCAUUGUUGUACAUAGACUAAUAAAAUUAUCUAUAAAUGUA